AACUUUUUUGUAUCGAAGGAAUCAACAGCCGCCAUCUUGUCGUGGCUCGGAAUUAGGAUUUCGGUCCAACACUGGUUUUUACACAAAAAUCAAACAUCUUUACCGCGCUAGGACAGCGUCAUCCCCUUGAAAACGGAUUCCUAACGUCGCCUCGGAUACACUUUGUGCGAUUAAACGGGAAUUGGAUCGGUGGUCGUCGGGCAGAAAAUCUCCGUAUAUCUGAUUUCCCCUUCAGAGUGCGGCGAUUUAGCUCCUGUCGCCGUCCGGGAGCAGUACGGUGGCCAAGCGGAGACCAGACGGAGACUUUCGAAGUGAUUUGCAAAAAUAUUACAUUUGUGUGCAAUUGUGCGUUUUUGUGGAUCUUCGCGCGAUUUUUGCAUGAAGAAAUUUGACGUCACGCAAAAUGGGUACUUUGGCCAUCUAGAAAUUGAGACUUUUGCUCUGAAAUGCAGAGAUCCACUUGAUUUUAUAUGACUGUGAUAUUGGAGUUUGAGUUUUACAUGGGGAAUAUUUUAUUUUGCGAUAUUUAACGAUAAUAAUGUGGGUGUUGGGUGUUGGAUUAUCAUGGGGUGAAUGGCGGUGGCGAAGCGGGGCGCUGUUGCAUCUCUUUUAAAAGAUAGACUCUCACGGUGAGGAGGUAGCUAAAGCUAACAGUUAACUUAGCUGGUAGCAGGCAAUUAGCUAGCUAUUAGCCAGUUAGCUAACGUUAGCGGGCUGCCAGCUUGCUAAUGUGCUAACCAAGAAGAUUCGGGUUGAUUAAACAACUUCCCUGCCAGAAGGUAAUCGGAGUCAUCAACCUAAGUAAUCAGCCGGAGAGGAUUCCAACUAUGGCGGAAAACCUGCUGGACGUUGGCCCCCCUAGCUCCAAACGGCCUAAGCUGAACUCACCUGGCCUGUCGGCGUCUGAUGCACAAGAUCUGGGGUCACUUCCCUGGGAUGAUUUGGAAAAUGAUCUUCCAGAUGAGCUGAUCCCUAAUGGAGGUGAUCUGAGCAUGAUGGGUGGAAUGCCUUCAAACGGUGGGGCAGCAUCUGGAGCUGGUGGACCAGUUGGGACCACAGCAGGCCUCGGCGGCAGUGGGACCUCAGUUGUACCUGAUGCAGCUGCCAAGCACAAGCAACUCUCAGAGCUUCUUCGAGCUGGCAGCACCUCCAGCCUUACAGGUGCAGGGCUUAACUCCGCUAUCCCUCAGCCGGGUGGUAUAGGGUCUCAACUUCCUCUGGGAAAGAGUCCUCUUGGCCAGGGCUCCCCCAGCAAUCACCCGUCUCCUCAGGCCCAUAAAGCAGGAACACCAACAGGAAUAGCAGGACAGAACAACAAUAAUAAUACUGCAACAAUGGGCUUGAACACAACAGGAUUUAACCAAGCCAUGAUUAACAAUAAUCAGGGCCAUGCUGCACUACAGACUCUUGGGGGGCAGCCCCAACCUGGCCAGGUGAUGAAUGGUGGUAUGGGACCUGGAGCUGGAAGAGGACGAGGAGCAGGAGUAGCAGGCAUUCAGUACCAAGGAUCAGCAAUGCAGGGAGCCACACCAGGACCAGGAGGAGCAGGCAGUGCAUUAGCUGAGACACUGACCCAGGGAGCACAACAGAUGGGAGCUCAUGCCUCCCUCAAUGCAGUCCAGCAAGCUGGCAACAUGAAGCAGCAGCCCCAGCAGCAGGCAGCAAUGAUCCCUCUGGCCAGCAGCGGAGGUGUGGCAGCAACAGGCCCCACAGCAGACCCAGAGAAGCGCAAGCUGAUCCAGCAGCAGCUGGUCCUGCUGCUUCAUGCUCACAAGUGCCAGCGGAGAGAACAGGCCAAUGGAGAGGUGAGGCCCUGUGCCUUGCCUCAUUGCCGCACCAUGAAAAACGUCCUCAACCACAUGACCCACUGCCAGGCUGGCAAAUCCUGCCAGGUGCCUCACUGUGCGUCGUCCAGGCAGAUCAUAUCCCACUGGAAAAACUGCACACGACACGACUGUCCUGUGUGCCUGCCGCUAAAGAACGCCAGCGACAAGCGCACGCAGCAGCCUAUGCUGAGCUCUCCUAAUACAGGCCUCCAGAACCCGAUGUCCUCAGUUGGUCAACCCAGUGCUCCUACCAUCAAUACCUCAGCUCCCAUAGACCCGAGCUCCAUGCAACGGGCAUAUGCGGCACUUGGCUUACCCUACAGCUGUCAGGCUACAGGGCAGACCCAAGAUCAACAGGCAACUGGCCCAGGACAAACAGUGGGGCAACAGAGUGCACAGGCCCAGCAGCAGCUUUCCCAGCAGAUGAGACCCAUCAAUGCACUUGGUAACCAGAUGGGUCUUGGAGGCGCAACAAUGAGCGUUACCUCUUCCGACCAGUCGAACUUACACACAGACUCCCUAUCUAACACACUCAACACUAACAAUCAGCUGCUUUCAGAUGGGUCUGCUGUAGGUUCAAUGGGCAACCUACCCACAGCCUCACCUAUUUCUGCAACGGGCACUAGGAAAGCCUGGCAUGAGCAUGUCACUCAGGACCUGCGCAAUCACCUCGUACACAAACUAGUACAAGCCAUAUUCCCCACUCCUGACCCAGCAGCAUUAAAGGACAGACGCAUGGAGAACCUAGUGGCCUAUGCCAGAAAAGUGGAGGGGGACAUGUAUGAGUCCGCUAACAGCCGGGAUGAGUAUUAUCACUUCCUUGCUGAGAAAAUCUACAAGAUCCAAAAGGAACUAGAGGAGAAGAGGCGUUCAAGGCUACAAAAACAGAUUAGCAACCAGGCACCUAUGGCUGCCCAGGGGACACAGCAGCCUGGACACCCCCAACCUAAUGCUUUGGGCCCAAGGCCACAAAAUGGACCUGUUCCUAUCCCCAAUAUACCAAAUCAGAUCAUGAAUCGUAUGCAGGUGUCACAAGGAAUGAACCAGUUCAACCACAUGGCUUUGCCUAACACUCAAAUGUCACAGUCACCUAUGGGUGCCCGCGCUGCUUCGCCGAUGAACCAUUCACAGCAAAUCAAUAUGAGUUCCGUCCCAGCGAUGGGCAUGUCUCCCUCCAGGAUGCCCCAGACUCAGGGCAUGAUGGCUGGACACGGUGGCAGCAGCAUGGUGGGCCAGACAGCCAAUCCAGGACAGUUUCUGUCACAGACCCAGUUUCCCCCAGGAUCUGCUGCAGUCACUGCACCAAGCACAAUGAAUGUUACUGUUGGGCCUAGUAUGGGUCAGCCACAGGCACAGGCUCCUGUCACUCAGCAGCAGGCCGUUAACCUCCCUAUGAAUGCACUUGGCCCCUCCCUGGGUCCCCAACUAGCCUCAUCCCAACCCCCCUUGCACUCCACGCCUCCGCCUGCUGCCUCCUCCGGCUCCACGGCUGGUGGGGUCACUAACCUGCCACCCCCCCAACCCUCCAGCCGCAGCUCCACCCCCACCCUCCCUGGCCCUGCCCCAGGUACCACCCUGCCCUGUCCCACUCAGCUCCAACCCCAGGUGGAGCCUACUGCUGCACCACAGACGCAGCCCCCGCCUCAGCUCGCUACCACGCCGCUGUCCCAACCGGGAGCCAGUCUUGAUAACCGCGUGCCCACGCCAGCUUCAGCCACAAGUGCCGAUCUACACUCGCACCAUGUUGGAGCAGACCUACCUACUCAGGAGGUCAAAGUGGAGGCACACCAUGACCAACAGGAGUUUGAGUCCGCUGGCGGCAAAACUGAGCCCAAAAUGACUGAGGAUGAUUCUGGCUCAAUAUUGGUGAAGAAAGAGGAGCCAGAUGAAAAACCUGAGUCAAUGGAGGUAGAGGACAAAAAAACGGAAAUUAAAAUAGAACCCAAAGGAGAGGAGGACGGUGGAGCUAACAACACAAGGUCCUCAUCCCCAUCUCAGUCGAGGAGGAAAAUCUUCAAGCCUGAGGAGUUGCGCCAGGCGCUUAUGCCAACUUUGGAGUCUCUCUACAGGCAGGACCCUGAGUCCCUGCCCUUCAGACAGCCAGUGGACCCUAUGCUUCUGGGAAUCCCGGACUACUUUGACAUUGUUAAGAACCCAAUAGAUCUCUCCACAAUAAAGCGCAAGCUUGACACAGGUCAAUAUCAAGAGCCAUGGCAAUAUGUCGAUGAUGUCUGGCUGAUGUUCAACAAUGCUUGGCUCUACAACCGCAAGACAUCUCGUGUCUACAAGUACUGCUCCAAGUUGGCUGAGGUGUUCGAGUCAGAGAUUGACCCUGUCAUGCAGGGCCUGGGCUACUGCUGUGGGCGGAAGUAUGAGUUUUCCCCUCAAACCCUCUGUUGCUAUGGCAAACAGCUGUGUACCAUACCUACAGGAGGAACAUACUACAGCUACCAGAACAGGUAUCAUUUCUGUGAAAAGUGCUUCAAUGAGAUUCAGGGUGAGAGUGUGACGUUAGGUGAUGAUCCUGCCCAGCCGCAAACAAUGAUAUCAAAGGACCAGUUCGAACGAAAGAAGAAUGACGUACUAGACCCAGAACCGUUUGUUGAAUGUAAAGAUUGUGGACGAAAGAUGCACCAGAUUUGCGUCUUACACUACGAGGUCAUUUGGCCAUCUGGAUUUAUAUGUGACAACUGUUUGAAGAAAAGUGGUAAAACAAAGAAGGAAAACAAGUUCUCAGCAAAAAGACUUCAAACAACACGAUUGGGAACAUACAUAGAGGACCGUGUGAAUAAAUACUUGAAGAGACAGAACCACCCAGAGGCUGGAGAGGUGUUUGUGCGAGUGGUGGCAAGCUCUGACAAAACAGUGGAGAUUAAACCAGGCAUGAAAACCAGGUUUGUGGAUGCAGGGGAAAUGCCCGAGGCCUUUCCUUACAGAACCAAAGCACUUUUUGCCUUUGAGGAAAUUGACGGUGUGGACGUUUGCUUUUUUGGCAUGCAUGUGCAGGAGUAUGGCUCAGAAUGCCCAUUCCCAAACACUAGACGGGUCUACAUAUCAUACCUUGACAGUAUUCACUUCUUCAGACCUCGAAUUCUGCGAACAGCAGUGUACCACGAAAUCCUCAUCGGCUAUCUAGAAUAUGUCAAGAAACUCGGGUACGCCCAAGGCCACAUCUGGGCAUGUCCCCCCAGUGAAGGAGAUGACUACAUCUUUCACUGCCAUCCACCUGAUCAGAAGAUCCCCAAACCCAAGAGGCUGCAGGAGUGGUACAGGAAGAUGCUCGACAAAGCCUUUGCAGAGAGGAUCCUACAUGACUACAAAGACAUCUUCAAACAGGCCACAGAGGACCGACUGACAAGUGCGAAUGAGCUUCCAUACUUCGAAGGUGACUUCUGGCCCAACGUGCUGGAGGAGAGUAUCAAAGAGCUUGAACAGGAGGAGGAGGAGAGGAAGAAAGAAGAGAAUACAGCAUCUGCAGAACCUAAUGAGGGUACACCAGGUGACAGCAAAAAUGCCAAGAAGAAGAACAACAAGAAAACCAAUAAAAACAAGAGCAGCCUGAGCCGAGCCAAUAAAAAGAAACCUGGGAUGCCGAAUGUAGCUAAUGAUUUGUCCCAGAAGCUCUAUGCAACAAUGGAGAAACACAAAGAGGUGUUCUUUGUGAUCCACCUCUACUCUGCACCUAUGGUUAACACUCUGCCGCCCAUUGUUGAUCCUGAUCCCUUGCUCUCCUGUGAUUUGAUGGACGGUCGUGACGCCUUCCUAACUCUGGCCAGGGAUAAGCACUGGGAAUUCAGCUCCCUCCGAAGGUGCAAGUGGAGCACCAUGUGUAUGUUGGUUGAGCUACACAACCAGGGACAGGACCGCUUUGUCUAUACAUGCAACGAGUGUAAGCACCACGUGGAGACACGUUGGCACUGCACUGUGUGUGAGGACUUUGAUCUUUGCAUCAAUUGUUACAACACAAAGGGCCACGAGCAUCAGAUGGUCAAAUGGGGUCUCGGCCUGGAUGAUGACAGCAACAGCCAGAGUGGGGAAGCCUCCAAGAGUCCACAGGAGAGUCGACGCUUAAGUAUUCAACGCUGCAUCCAAUCCCUGGUCCAUGCUUGCCAGUGUCGCAAUGCCAACUGCUCUCUGCCAUCCUGCCAAAAGAUGAAGCGAGUCGUUCAGCACACCAAGGGCUGCAAGCGCAAAACCAAUGGUGGAUGCCCUGUAUGCAAGCAGCUUAUUGCUUUAUGCUGUUACCACGCAAAGCACUGCCAGGAGAACAAGUGUCCUGUCCCAUUCUGCCUCAACAUCAAGCACAAACUUCGCCAGCAGCAGCUGCAGCACAGACUCCAACAGGCCCAGCUAAUGAGGAGAAGAAUGGCCACCAUGCAAGGCAGAACUAUGCCACUACCAUCCCCACCAGCCUCAGCUGCCCCCAGUACUCCUACUUCUCAUACCCAGCCCAACACUCCCCAGACACCUCAGCAGCCACUCUCCAACCAGCCGCAGACGCCAAACUCAGCAGGUGUUAUGUCUCCCUCUUUCCCCAACACACCCCGCAGUGGUCCGCCUCAAGCACCGUUGUCCCAGGGCAAGCCUGGGCCCCAGGCUUCCCCACUACACCAGCAGCAGUCCCCUCUCCCUCAGCCUUCCCAGCCGCCUCAGCAGCUACAGCAGCAGCCACCACUUGCUGCCGUCAAAGUUGCACGUCAGAUCGAGAUGAUGGCACAGGCUCAGCAGAAUCAGCAGAACUACCGUGUGAAUAUGAAUGGCUUGCCCAUGACUCCUCAGCAGCCACAGCAGCGUUUGGCAGGACCAAUGCAGCCACCCAUGCAGAUGAUGUCAGGGCCCGCACGGGGACAACAAGGCAUGCCUCCCAACAUAGCCCCUGGCCAGUGGCCUGUAGCUGCAGGAGCCAUGCAAGCAGCUCAGACACAACAGCCAGGACUUGUACCAGGUCAGAAUCCAAACCAGGCUUUGACCAUGCAACGGGCCAUAAUGCCUGCAGGACAGCAACCUCAGCAGGCCCAGAGGAUGCUAAUACCACAACAACCUGGUGCCAGACCACAAACACCCCAGAGACCUGGUGCUAUAGCUCCCAAUGCCCUACAGGACCUUCUGCGUACUCUUAAAUCUCCCAGCUCGCCCCAACAGCAACAGCAAGUUCUUAAUAUCCUCAAAUCAAAUCCUCAACUCAUGGCUGCUUUCAUAAAACAGAGAACAGCCAAAUAUCAUGCCAACCAGCCACAGCAGCAGCAGCAGCAAGCAAAUCAACCACAACAGCCUGGCGUGCCACAAAUGCCAACCAUGGCCAUGCCAGCAGGGGCAGGACAGAGGCCGGGGAUGCAGCCCCAGCAGCCUUCUGCACAAGGCAUGGCAGCAUUAGGGGCUCAAGGGUCACUAAUAAAUGCCGCCCACAACAACAACCCCCAGAUCCAGGAGCUUUACCGUCGGCAGCUUUUAAGACAGCAGCAGCAGCAGCAGCAGCAGCAGCAGCAGCAGCAACAACAACAACAACAACAACAGCAGCAACAACAGCAGCAACAACAACAACAGCAACAACAGCAGCAGCAGGGAGUGAUGGCCCAGGGCCACCCUGGGCAGUUUCCUGCUCCGGUACAGGGUACAGCAGCUACAUACUCCCAGCUCCGCAUGCAGCAACAACAGCAGCAGCAGCAGCAGCAAAUAGCAAUGCAGGGAGGAACAGGAGCAGCUGGGGGACCCAUGGGUCACCUCCCACCCAUGGCUCAGAUGGCCCAACCUGGAAUGGGGAUGGACUCCCCCCCCAAAUUGCUGCAUCCGCGAAUUCUUCAGCAACAGCAGCAACAACAUCCCCAGCAGCAGCAGGCUGUCCUCAAGCAGCAAUUGGGAUCUCCUGCUCAGCACAGCCCCAUGAGCCCCCAGACCCAUUUAAUGGCCAGCCAAGCCCAGGGUGGAACACAUCUUUCUGGUCAGCCCACAUUAGCCAAUGCUCUCAGCAACCAGGUCAGAUCUCCUGCCCCAGUCCAAUCACCCUGUCCUCCCUCACAACAACAGCCACCACAUUCCAGCCCCUCACCACAGAUCCAGAAUCAGCCCCAGCCUUCACCACAACAUCCUUCUCUGCCACACUCUGGCUCUCCGCACCCAGGACUUGGAGGUCCGUUGCAGUCCAUGGACCAAGGACACUUGGGAACACCAGAGCAAAGCGCAAUGCUACCACAAAUUAACACGCCCAAUAGAGGGGCAUUGAACAGUGACUUGGGUUUGGGGGUUGAUGCUACAGGGGACACUCUGGAGAAGUUUGUAGAGGGAUUGUAGCAUUUCUGCUGGGAUCUGAAGAGUACAUUCUUGCUCUCAGGAACCCAUCCUGAUUUUCCUCUACUCCUUAGUCCCCUCAGACUCCUAAUCUGUUAGAGGGCUUUGUUUGUUCUUUCUAAGGCUGAACUUUUUUUGUACUGACUUAAAAAGUUUCGGAUGUUCAGACAGAAAAAGAAAAUUGAUUAAGAAAAAUAAAACAAAAGUCAACACUUCUAGGGAAUGUAAUUGUUUUCUGUACCCAGAAGAUGGGUACUUUUUCCUUUUUCGAUGCUGAGGGAUUUGCAAGUUGCUUAUUAAAUAACAUUUAAAUUGCAAAGAAUAUAUUUUUUGGUUGAGACCAAAUGUGUUCAAUACUCAAAUUUAUUUUUGUUUUGUUGGUAUGUGUUCAUGCCUUGCUUCUUUUUUUAAGAAAGUGUACAAUUGCAUUAUUAUAUUCAUAUCUUUUUAUUUUGUACCUUUGGAAAAAUAUCUUAAUGCAUUUUUUCUGUUAAAAGUGUAAAAUAAUUUGUCUGGAAUCAAGCCAGGUUUUUAUUCUUUUUUUCAAGCUGUUCGUUCCUGGCUCUUGUAAUCUAGUUCUGUACCAUUCAGAGACUUAGAGCUCUCCCUUCCUCUUUGUGUGUAUGAAGAGCACUCAGUUGUAAUAAAAUGGACUGCAGCAGGUUGUGUAUACACAGGCAUGUAUGCAGGCGCACAUGAAGACACUGACACAAACCCUCACAGUCACUAAGAGAAACAAAGCUCCGACUGGUUUCACCAACAAAGACUUCAACCUACAUCUCACGUGGAAACCUUGUCUUGCAGGUGUAGGAAAUUGUUGCUUUGACAUUAAAAACAAUUUGUCAUAUGUUUUUGUCAUACAAAUGUUGUAAAGUGUAAAGAUUGUGAGAAAAAGACCAGUCCCCUAAGCUGAGGUGGAAUGAUCACCAUUGUUUGUAGGCUACAUCUCCGAUGAAGCUCCAUCCUUUAAAUUUUACACUAAGUCGUGUGGUAUCGAGGGAUGAAGGGCACGUUUGAGGUUCACCCUGAGGAAAACUAAAUGUUAGAACUCUCAUUCCUCUCAAAAAACUUGAAUUGCGGGGAAGGGGGGUCUCUUAUUGUAAAUCAAGUUAUUACGCAAAAUACUAUAAAUAUAAGGAAGAGAAAAUGAAAUCACUGUAUAAACUGGUAAAAAACUCAUUUCUUACUUAUAUACCAUAUUGUUAAAUAAACUGUGUACAACAGAAGAACUUCAUUACUCUGUUGACUAAAUAAGG